AUCAGGAUAAUUUCUGGGUGAUUUCAGCUUUGCGGGAGGGUCAAGCAUUUGCACCUGGAUGUCUGGGAAGGCUUUUCCCUGGUAUUUUUACUACUAACGUGUUGGUGGCUGGAGAACACACAAAAGAUACAGAAAGAUUGAAGAAAUUAUUGGUUGUGAAUAUGCUGGUCGUGGAGAAAAGGAAUUCAGAAAAUCCUUUAAAGAUCUAAGAGAAGGAGGGGGAACAGGUCUUCAAAGUGUAUCUUUCUCCACAAAGGUGUUUCCUUCAGUGUUUCUGGCUACUACACCUACUGUCAUAAAAGAGGGGAUGCUAAUGAAACAGACCAGCUCCUUCCAGCGCUGGAAGAGACGAUACUUUAAGCUGCGAGGACGAACUCUCUACUAUGCAAAAACUGCUAAGUCCAUUAUUUUUGAUGAGGUGGAUUUGACAGAUGCCAGUGUGGCAGAAUCCAGCACAAAGAAUGUCAACAACAGCUUCACGAUUAUCACUCCAUGUCGGAAGCUCAUCCUUUGUGCUGAUAACAGAAAAGAGAUGGAAGAUUGGAUUGCAGCACUGAAGACUGUCCAAAACCGUGAACAUUUUGAGUCUACCCAGUACAGCAUGGACCAUUUCUCAGGGAUGCAUAACUGGUACGCCUGCUCCCAUGCCCGGCCAACGUACUGCAACGUGUGUCGGGAGGCCUUGUCCGGGGUCACGUCACAUGGGCUGUCCUGUGAAGUGUGCAAGUUUAAAGCCCACAAGCGCUGUGCUGUGCGGGCAACCAACAAUUGCAAGUGGACAACUCUGGCCUCUAUCGGGAAGGAUAUCAUUGAGGAUGAAGAUGGGAUCUCAAUGCCACAUCAGUGGCUGGAAGGAAACCUGCCCGUGAGUGCCAAAUGCACUGUGUGUGAUAAAACCUGUGGCAGUGUCCUGCGUUUGCAAGACUGGCGCUGCCUGUGGUGCAAAGCCAUGGUACACACAGCAUGUAAAGAGUUGUUGCCAAACAAGUGCCCUCUUGGGCUCUGCAAAGUGUCUGUCAUUCCUCCUACUGCUCUUAACAGCAUUGAUUCAGAUGGUUUCUGGAAAGCCACUUGUCCCCCUUCUUGUACAAGCCCUUUAUUGGUCUUUGUCAACUCAAAAAGUGGAGACAACCAAGGUGUAAAAUUUCUACGAAGAUUCAAACAGCUGCUGAAUCCAGCCCAGGUCUUUGACCUCAUGAAUGGAGGCCCUCAUCUUGGUUUACGCUUAUUCCAGAAAUUUGACACUUUCCGGAUUCUAGUUUGUGGUGGGGACGGAAGUGUUGGCUGGGUUCUCUCUGAAAUUGAUAGCCUCAACCUUCACAAGCAGUGCCAGCUGGGAGUGCUGCCCUUGGGAACAGGGAAUGACCUUGCCCGUGUGUUAGGCUGGGGUUCUGCUUGUGAUGAUGAUACCCAGCUCCCGCAGAUCCUGGAGAAGCUGGAGAGGGCCAGUACCAAAAUGCUGGACAGGUGGAGCAUCAUGGUGUAUGAAACCAAACUCCCUCGCCAGGCCUCCACUUCCACAGUCACUGAAGAUUGCACUGAGAAUUCAGAGGUGCAGAAGAUUCUCUGCUAUGAAGAUUCUGUGGCUGCUCAUUUGUCCAAAAUUUUGACUUCUGACCAACACUCAGUGGUGAUCUCCUCAGCCAAAGUGCUUUGUGAGACAGUAAAGGAUUUUGUGGCUCGAGUAGGGAAAGCCUAUGAGAAGGCAACAGAAAGCUCAGAGGAGUCAGAGGUCAUGGCCAGGAAGUGCUCUGUGCUGAAGGAGAAGCUGGACUCACUGCUGAAGACACUGAAUGAUGAAUCUCAAGCGUCUUCCUCUCUGCCCAACCCUCCUCCCACCAUUGCAGAGGAGACUGAGGAUGGGGAUGGCUCAGGCAGUGCUGGUGACUCUUCAAGCGAGCUCUCGGUGGGCUCGGCCUGCACUGCGCGGCCCCAGAUAUUCCGUCCUCGAGAGCAGCUCAUGCUGAGAGCCAACAGCUUGAAAAAAGCCAUUCGCCAGAUAAUAGAGCAUGCAGAGAAAGCUGUAGAUGAGCAGAACGCCCAGACCCAGGAGCAAGAGGGCUUCCUCCUCAGUCUCUCAGCCUCUGAGGAAGGCAAGGAGCUGAGGAACGAGGAUAAAAUUCCCAUGCAGUCAUCACACAGCAGCAGCUAUGGAGUGUCCAAGGGGAGGAGCCAGAGGAAAGCCUCCAAGUCUCCUUGUGAGAGACUAAUAAACAAAGGAAGUUUGUCAGUGGGCAGCUCUGCAUCUCUUCCUCCCCAGACAGGAAGCAGGGACAACUUGCCAAUGCUGAAUACAAAAAUCCUCUACCCAAAUAUCCGUGCUGGCAUGUCAGGCUCUUUGCCUGGGAGCUCUGUCAUCAGCCGAUUGUUGAUCCAUGCUGAUCCCUUUAACUCUGAGCCUGAAAAUCUUGAAUGUUACACUGAGAAGUGUGUCAUGAAUAAUUACUUUGGAAUUGGACUGGAUGCAAAGAUUUCUUUGGAUUUCAACAACAAGCGUGAUGAGCACCCAGAGAAAUGCAGAAGUCGUACUAAGAACAUGAUGUGGUAUGGAGUAUUGGGGACCAAGGAGCUGCUGCACAGAACGUAUAAAAACCUGGAGCAGAAGGUCUUGCUGGAGUGCGAUGGGAGGCCAAUUCCUCUGCCCAGUCUCCAGGGCAUUGCUGUACUCAACAUUCCCAGCUAUGCAGGAGGCACCAACUUCUGGGGGGGAACCAAGGAGGAUGAUACAUUUACAGCCCCUUCCUUCGAUGACAAGAUUUUGGAGGUGGUAGCUGUGUUUGGUAGCAUGCAGAUGGCAGUGUCACGUGUGAUAAACCUACAGCAUCACCGGAUUGCACAGUGCCGGACAGUAAAGAUAGCAAUCCUUGGAGAAGAGGGAGUUCCUGUGCAAGUGGAUGGAGAAGCCUGGAUCCAGCCUCCAGGUUACAUUUGGAUUGUUCAUAAGAACAGGGCACAGACCCUCACCCGAGACAGGGCAUUUGAGAGCACCCUGAAGUCUUGGGAGGACAAACAGAAGUGUGAGUUGUCACGACCCUCCUCUUUCUCUCUGCAACCAGAGAUCAUGUCUGAAGAAGAAUCCACCCAGAUCAUCCAGUUUGGUCAAGCUGCAGGUGCUCUGAUCCACAGCAUUCGGGAAAUAGCUCAAUCCUAUCAGGACAUGGAACAGGAGCUUGCCCAUGCUGUCAAUGCCAGCUCCAAGUCUAUGGACAAAGUCUACGCUAAAUCCAAGUCUACAGAGGGUCUGAACUGCAGCCUUGUUGUAGAGAUGGUGAAUAAUGUCAAAGCCCUGCACAAUGAGACAGAGCUGCUGCUGGCAGGCAAGAUGGCACUGCAAUUAGAUCCUCCACAGAAGGAGCAGCUCCAGGCAGCCCUGGCAGACAUGGACCUCCAGCUGAGGAAACUGGCAGACAUCCCUUGGCUGUGGCAGCUUAUGGAGCCCUGUGAUGAAGAGAACCAGAUGCUGGAUUAUUCUAAACGCAGCCGCAGUGGCAAAUUCCGCCUGGUGACCAAGUUUAAAAAGGAGAAGAACAACAAAAAUAAGGAGACUCUCAGUAGCAUGGGAUUGCCGGUUCACCUCUGGGGAACGGAGGAGGUUGCGGCGUGGCUUGAGCACCUCAGUCUUUGUGAGUAUAAGGAUAUCUUCAUCCGCCAUGACGUCCGGGGCUCUGAGCUCCUGCACCUUGAACGGAGGGACCUCAAGGACCUGGGUGUGACCAAAGUGGGUCACAUGAAGAGGAUACUGCACGGGAUCAAGGAGCUGAGCCGCAGUACUCCUGCCAGCGAGGCUUAGCCUCUGUUUUCACAGCCUGUGUCUACCAUUCUCCCUAACUGCACAGCAGUCACCUCACAAAGCAGAUGUGCUCACAACUGUCUCUGCUGAACAGCCAAAUUUUAGCUGUUCAGAGCUCAUAUCAACCAAGCAUGGUGCUACUUUUUUCCUGUGGGGUAUGGCUGCAUCCUUUGGAGAGGCACUUCCUCUGCGGUUGGCAGAGCCUCCUGGAGAGAACUCACUCACUGUCUGAAGAGCCAUGUCCUGUGUCGUGGGAAGUUCUGGUUCCAGGGACAGUGCAGGACUCCUGAGAACUGCAACACAGAUACCUUUACUGGAUAACUUCAUCACAGUAGAAUCAUUCAGGGCAAAAGAUAUAUUGGCCAGUCUUAAUUCAGGAGCAUCUGACAGUCUUUUCAGACCCAAAACUUUCCUGCUCAUCCAUGUGUCACACCUGUAUUUAGCAUAUUUAAGUGGGACAAAACCUCUCCUUUGAUCUUACUAUUCCCUUUUUAAUGCAUCUGUAGUUGUGUGUAAUUUGCAUCUGAAAUUCAAAGCCAGUGCAGACCUCUUCCAAUGAAUAUCAAGUGAUUCUCAUUCACUCAUGCUUUUGCAACAAACAGUGCAUGUGCUUCAGACAGGGUUUGCACCAGCUGGCAGGACCUUCUGCUGGGCCUGCUCUCCUCUACCAGCCAGGAGCAAUGGUACAACCUUUAGGUUUUCACAAAAAAUGUGGUGCUAGUCAUCACAGACAAUUAUUCAGAAAUUCCUGGCAGUAAGAAAAGAAAAUCUGGAAAGCCAAAUGGUUACAGGAGAUCAGCUCUGACAUUCCUUCUUCUGAAUUCAUCUUUGGGAGACCAGCUAAAAGGGAGAGGAAAGCUAAUGAGCUGUUUGUGCUGCACAAGAAGGGUGGUACAGGACAGCUUGGUUCAUCUUGGGGGAGGGAGCAGCAUGACUGGCAAUGGCCUGGUGUAGCUCCCUACCUGUUUGGUACCACUUCUGUGGCCACAAACAUGAGAGCUGUUUCCUUACUUCAGCUUGCAGUGUAGAAAACUAUUUCUGUCACAAAAUAUGCGAUUUAAGUCUAGUACUUGUAUCUUUUCACCUGUCUAGGUUUCAGUAGCUUUUCCACCUUGCUUCUCUUUCUUGCUGCCUUGCUCCUUCACUCCAGGGUGAUACAAAAGAUUAGAGUAGCUCAGUUCUCCUGGGCUGUACCCCUAAAAGGUUCCUUAUGCUGUCAAACACUGGGGCUCCUGUAAGAGCACUGAGAGGAGGAGGAUUGUUACCAAGCAAAUGAGCAUUAUAAUGAAAACUGGAAUAUGUUGAUAAAUUGCUUUUGGUACCAGCAACAGUGGAGCAUGGAAAAAUUAGUGCCUCUGAAUCAGAGUUUCUAGAUGGCUGACCUCAGUUGGAUGGCUGUUAAAGCCCAGGACCAGCAUGCGUAGUUAUGUCACCAUGUUUGUCACUGCAAAGGGAAUUUGGCAACAGUCAGUGCUGUAAAACUUGAGAGACAGCAGAAAUUAUUAAUUGCUCUGUCAUUUUCUCUGUAUGUAUUUAAUUUUUUUUUAUUAUUACAGAGUGGCACCUGUCUGACUAUGGCUGCAGACAGAAAAGCCCGUAUACACAGUGGCAUAAAAGAUUAUUUGCUGAGGACAUAAUUCUUUUUUUACUUGUAAGGAUUUUUAUCAAAUUGAUAUCACUUCUCUAGUCUAAUAACAAUCAGUCAAGUUAGCAAGUAAAGAUUUGUCAGCUUAUAAAGGCUCUGGGCUGAUUUUGUUUCAGCUGGGCAAACUCCAUUGGAUUCCCUAGUAUUUCACCAAGGGUUAUUCUGACUCUGCCUGUCUGUUCUAACCAGACACAUUCACCCAUGUGUCUCCUCUCAGCCUGGCAAGUGGCAGGGUUUGUGUUAAAACUCAUGAGAAGGUAAAAGAAGAGUAAAAGUGCUUGAUCCAGUUAGAAACACAGUAUAAAUACUGUGGGGCCUGAGCAGGAAACAUGUCCAGCCUUGCCCUGAAUGUAUUUCUCCUAUGUGUAUGUUGGCAGUUGCUUCCAUAGCUGUAUUUAUUAUUUAUCAGUACAGACUCCCUCUAACCAUAUUAAAUUCCUGAAGUAUCAGGUAAGAAUUGCAAGCAUAGUGUAUUGUCCCACUUGCUUGUUGAGGCAUAGAGCAGCAUCUGGAUGAAAAUGAGGAGAAGUCUCUUCAGGAGAGCCCCAGGAUGCAGCCAUCCCCAGUGGUGGUGUGCAGUGACCUCACAGUGUGUGCAUCCCGCUGUCUGUCCCAGAACUGUGCGUGGCUGGGACAUCCAUGUGCCUUCCCAGGAGAGUGCAGCAGGGGGUGAGGCAGGUGAUCACUCUGGAGAACAGGUGAGAUCUGUGUUUGUUCCUAUAUGCAGUGAAGGAGCUGUUCUGUGGACUUUCCCCAGCAGCCUCAUGGUUAAAGAUGCAUAAACAAUAAGCUCUUGCCUUGCAUAAUCCUUGAGGGAUUAAAUUCUUGCUUUCAUAGAAACAGCUCCUCUCUGCUCUUCCUGCCCAGAGCAACAGAAGAAUCCAAAGAGUUUUUACAUUCAGGUGUGUUCCUUAGUUCAUGCCAUAUCUAUCAAGAUCUGAUAGCCACUAGCCAUUUGCAUGAGUGAUGAGGCCUGAACAGAUGCAUCUUCAUUUCUUUUGCUUUUCUGAUCUGCGUGUCAAAGCCUUCAGAUCCUUUUUGUGCACAUGCAUAUCAAUGGGUUGACAGCCACUGUAUUCCUGCCUUACUUAUCUGAGGCAGGAAGGGAGCUCUUCCUUCUUCUAAGACCUAGAAAAUGGGAUCCACAUUUAACCUGAGUGCCUUUGGAUAUUUAUUAAGGUUUAGAUCUAGGAAACCCCAAAGGGUUGUAGUUCUGUGUGUCUCACUGGGAACAGUGCAGAUUUUUGUUGGUGAGAUUUUUGUGAAUAGAUGAAGACAAUUUGUGUUGAACAUCAGUGAGCUCUAUCUGCAAAGCAGGGAGCCAGGUAGAACUCCUGGCCUAUUCUGAGUUUCUCUUCUGACAUCUGAUAAUUUUUUGUGGGAGAAAAACUCAGGAAAGACAGUAAAAAAUGCUGCUUUGCCAAAAAGAGACUGUCCAGCAGUCUCAGGAGCACCAGCCUGGGAGAAGCUAGAACUGCACAUAUCACACAGGUGUUUAGUCCCUGAAGAAAUGCAACUCCUGUGAAAGCCAUGUGGCACCUUCUGUUCACACCUCUCACCCCUGGCAGUGGCUGCAGUGAGCUGGGCAUGGGGUUUCUUCUGCUUGGAAGAGGCUUCAGUCCAUUCUCUCACAUUCUGGCAACAUCCUGGAUAUUUAAUGGCAGAUUUUGGAAUGAUGGCUGGGGCUAAGUGAGAUUGUGUGCAGUGGAGACUGGAGGGGAGGCUUGGCUGUUUGCAGUGCCCUGCCUCGGGAGGGCUGGUACAGCCUCUCUUUUGUACCUUGUGGGAUGUUGGCAGGAGCCAGCACAGUGGCCAAGGGGAGCUGUGCCACUGGGUGCCUGGAGGUGCUGGCCUGGCACCUGGGAGCCUCCAGCUCUGCUGAGGCCUUCAGUGCCAGUGCUAUGUCUGCUUCUGCACCCAAAUUGUAUGGAAAGCUUCAAUCAUUGUUGUAGUGUUAUUUAAAAAUGUGCAUAAUAGCAAUGUGAUUUAUAAAACAGACUGUUUACAAGACAUAUUUUGUAUCUUAAGAUGUGUGUACUGUAAAAAAAAAAGGAAAGUAUGAAAAAUGAUGUUUUUCUACAACUGUCAGCAGUGACUGCAUGUCUGUAUCAUCGUCCACCGACCGUUGUUCCUCAGGGGUCUCCCCACCAUUCCUGCGAUCCUGUCAAAAGCAUCGGGAAGCAAGUGAAUCCCUGUACAGUCUUGGGAAGAAGGUUUUGUGCCUUAAGAAUGGGACCUGCUUCCCUCCUAUUUAUUUUGUUAAUUUAUACAGUGAUUACCAUGGAAAUGUCUCUUGGGGUUUUUUUUUUGUACAUAGUUUACUUGUUGUAAAUAUGUUUUUCUUGUAUACAAAGUAAACAUGUUUCUGAGCUUCCAGUAAGGAUUUUCUGUUGCUGGUUUUGUUGUGAGAGGGCUGCUGUGCCCAUCAGGUGGGAACCAGCUAAUAAAAACCUGUGCUGUGAUUAAA